AUGCGGGUGCUCACCCCGGACGCGGGCGCGGAGGCGUGCGUCGAGGGGGUGUUCCCUUCCGGGGCCCCCGGGUGCCCGAUCUCGUCGUCGGAGGUCGUCGAUGGCGGCAUCGCGCACCGCUGGACGGGUGGCCGCGCGAGCAGCACCUGCCGCCGCGCAUGGGUCGCGGAGCCGGACAACCUUGGGUGGCGCGGGUGGCGGCACACGGCGCAGCCGCCCCACCUGGUGCACCCCGCCACGCUGGAGCAGGUCAACCGGUCCACGUCGGGCCCUGUCGCGGUGCCGCUGCCGUGGAUGUUCCAGCCCUCCGACGCCAUCUACCAGAAGGAGGAAGCGUUCACGGGCAUCCAGGAACCCAGCGCCGACUGGCGGCUGGUCAACGUUUCGUGGCACUCGCUGCUCGCCCAGUACCAGCGCACCAACGAGGACCUGGGCGCCGAGCUGACGUACCACAGCCUCACCACGCACACCGCUCCGACGUCGACGUACGACACCCUCGUCUACCUGGGGCGCACGCGGUUCGAAGUUCCCCCCGGGGGCGUGCCCGCGUCCCUGCGGAUGGCGUUCGUCUGCGAGGACCGCUGCACGGUGUACGUCAACGGCGAGAUCGCCGCCUCGAAGUGGGACACGGACGGACCUGACCCGAUCGGCGACGCGUUCGCCCGGCGGCGCAAGGAUCUCUGGAUCGACCUGGGCUCCGACCACGCCGGGGAGACGGACUCGCUGAUGGGGCAGACGUGGGGCUGGGGCGGCGGCGGGUUCUACCGCAGAAACGUGCCCCUGAAGGAGGGCAUCAACACCAUCGACGUCGCCAGGGAGUCGAUGGACGGGACGCGGCACAGGCUGGACUACGCGCUCUACCCGCCCGAUGCGGCGAGCGCGUUCCUGAGCAGCAUCCGCCCGUGCGAAGACCCGAAUCCGGCGUACCCGGAGUUCCUCGACCAGGCGGCGCCCGUCACGGCGUGGGACGGCGACACCCUGGUCGUCGGGGAGCCGACGGACGACGGGCUUGGGGCCGACGCGGGGAAGGUGACGGUCGUGCAGUACAACGCGGCGUCGGAGGCGUGGGAGGUCGCCGCGAACCUCACGUCGCCGGACUCCGUGGCGGGGUCGCGCCUCGGAGCAGAUGUCGCCGCGGGGGCGGGGUGGGUCGCAGCGGGCGCUCCCGGACACUUCAGCGGGCAGGGCGCCGUGUUUGUGUUCCGCGCGGGCCCGUACCGCCAGGUGGGCGUCCUGCAGCGCGAGACCACGGCCACGAGCGACAUGGGCUUCGGGAGCGCCGUCGCGAUGAGCUCGGACGCGGAGACGCUGGUGGUGAGCGCGCCGACGCCCGGCGCGAUAUACUUCUUCGCGCGGUCGGCGGGGGAGCCGGCGUUCUCCCUGGGCAGCCGCGUGACGCCCACCGCGCUCGCCACGGACUACUCUGGGGUCCUCGGCUCCGUGCCCGGGUCCCUCGCGCUCGACGCUCAGUGGGGCCUCGCGGCGGCGGGGACCGUCGAGCGUCACGCGGACGGCAACGACUACGAGUACGUCCUGGUGUUCCGCUUCGAGGACGCCUUGGGGUUCGGGUCUCCAAGCAGCGGCGACCACCCAUACGAGUGGGCGCACACGUGGACGCUCAACGUCGGGAGCGUCCUGGGCCUGCGAGGGUGCUGGGACAGCCUGCAGCUCUCCGCGAGGCAGCUCGCCAUGGGCUGCAGCGGUGGGUCGGACAGACCGGGGUUGGGGAACGGCUUCUGGAAGGACGAGGGCACAGUCGCCACGGUCAAGAUCGCUCAUGACGGCAGGGGCACUCAAACCGGGGACUACUACAGGGCCGACCCUUCAUCUCCGGGCUCAAGCUCCGUCAUGCACCUCCAGGACAUCACAGGGCACGCGUCGCCAGAUGGGAACAUGUACGGGGCGUCGGUGGCCCUGGCUGACUCGGCAGCGACGUUGUACGUCCUGUCGCCCGGGAGCGGCUUGCAGGUGUUCGAGAACGCCAAGCGCCCUGAGGCUCCGGACGUGGACCACAUGUGGGAGAUCAAGACCAGUGUGCCUGCGGAGGCGCUCGGGGGCUACGACGUCGACUACUCGCCGAGGUCCCUGGCCGUGGGGCCGGCCGGUCAGAUCGCGGUGGCGACGGCAGAGGGCGUCCGCGUGCUGCAGUUCGUCUGCAAGGAGGCGGGGCGCGCGUGCCCCGCGGCCCUGCGCUCGGCGUGCCCCGCGGGCACGUCGCGGUGUGUCAUGUCACGGACGCCGCGCCGCGCUGCGUGCCCGGCGACGCCGAGGCGUCGUGCGCCGACGCCCACGUGGUCGAGACCACGGCGCGGAACAUCGGAGCGGCCUCCCUCGCGGAGCACGGCGGGCUCAUUUACGCGACGGCGCCCCUGGACGACCGCAUCUACCGAAUCGUGGAUCGCGACACCGGCGAGCUCGAGACAUUCGGCAUCGAAUUCGAAGGAAAGAAGCCGCGUGGGAUCGCGGUGCUGGGGGACUUGGCGUACAUAUCGCUGGAGGACGACCACACCAUCCGCUCUAGGAGCCUGA